AUGGCCGAGGCGGCUCCUGCGCCGGUGAGAGAUUUCCCACCGUCGCGCAUGGAUGACCGCUGGGCCGCCGGUGACUCCGGGCUGUUCGCCGGGGUAUCCAUGACAUUUGAUGAUGUAGCCAUGUAUUUCUCAGAGCAAGAAUGGAAGAAACUUGUUGAGUGGCAGAAAGAGCUUUAUAAACAUGUAAUGAAAGAUAAUUAUGAAACACUUCUUUCCCUUGACUGUUCAAUUUCCAAACCAGAUUUGAUAUCAUUGAUUGAACAGGGAGAAGAACCUUUCAUCAGAAAUCUGAAGGAUUCACAGGAACCAAAAACUGCUAUCAGUUCUAGUGACUUUAACCCUAUAGAACAGUUGUUUUGGGGACCUGACAGAUCCAUGCAUCCAGGAAAAGUAGAAGGCUAUUUAGAUUGCCUACAAAUUCAGGGUUCUUCUGAGUCCUUACAAAAUGCAAUAAGAGAGGUUUCUGCUAUGUCUAAUCAAGAAGCUUCCUUAAGAAACUUUUACAGCAAAGACACAUGGCAUCUAAUUCCAGAAGGGCAUAGCACCCUAGAAUCAACUUACUGUGAAAGAAGACCCUGUCACAAGCACCAAAAUCCCUCUGAUUGUCAGGAAAGAUUGCCAGGGCAGAGAGUGCUCCACCCCUGCUCUAUCUGUGGGAAAAGAUUCUUGUCAAAGAUCCACUGGGUAAAACACCAAAGAUCUCAUGGGAAGACACAGUCACAUAAAUAUUCCAAGAAUAGAAGGAAAACUAGAAGGCAGCCUAAUCUCCAUUGGCAACCCAGGCUUUUUUGGGAGCAGGGGUGUUUCCAGUGCAGCGAGUGUAACAAGAGUUUUCGUUUGAAGCAAUAUUUGCUCAGACACUUGAUUGUGCACACAGAGAAGAGGCCCUUCCGGUGCCCCAAGUGUGAAAAGACAUAUCGCCAUAAGAGGAGUCUGAUCAACCAUCAACUUAUGCACAGUGGAGAAAGACCAUUCCAUUGUCCUGAGUGUGAUAAGAGCUUUCGCCAAAAGAGCAACAUGAGGGCUCAUCAGCGUCGUCAACAUCAUGGGGAGAAGCCUUUCUCUUGUGUAGAAUGUGGGAAGGGCUUUGCUGAGAAAUCUAAACUCACCAGCCACAUGAGAGUGCACAGUGGGGAGAAGCCCUUCCAGUGUCCUGAGUGUAACAAAAGCUUCCACGUAAAAGGGGACAUGAAGGCUCACCAGCGUGUGCACAGUAGGGACAGACCAUUCUCUUGCAGUGAGUGUGGCAAGGGCUUCCUAGUAAAGUCUAAACUCAUCAAUCACUUCCGAGUACAUACAGGGGAGAAGCCAUUUCAAUGUCUUGAGUGUGAGAAGAGCUUUCGGUUGAAGGGCAUGCUGAAGGUGCACCAGCGAGUGCACACUGGGGAGAGGCCAUUCUCUUGCAGGAAGUGUGGCAAGGGUUUCACCAAGCAAUGUAAGCUCACAGAACACAUGAGAGUACACAGUGGGGAAAAGCCAUUUGUGUGUCUGGACUGUGACAAGAGCUUCCGCCAAAAGGGGCAGCUCCUGAGGCACCAACGCCUGCACACAGGGCAGAUGCCCUUUUCAUGUUCUCACUGUGAGAAGACCUUCCAUCUGAAGGCUGACAUGAAGGCUCAUCAAUGUUCACACAGUAGGGAGAAGUCAUUCUCCUGCAGUGAAUGUGACAAGGAUUUCACUCAUCAGAGUAAACUCAUUGAACAUCUCAGGCUACAUAGUGGGGAAAAGCCAUUUCAGUGCCCUGAAUGUGACAAGAGUUUUCGUCUCAAGGGCAUUUUGAAGGCCCACCAAUGCAUACACAGGGGAGAAAAGCCAUUUUCUUGUAUUGAAUGUGGCAAGAGCUUUACCAAGCAGUCGAAGCUCACUGAACACAGGAGAGUGCACAGUGGGGAGAAGCCUUUCUGGUGUCAGGAGUGUGGUAAGAGCUUCCGUCUAAAAGGGCAGCUCCUCAGCCAUCAGCGCCUCCACACAGGGGAGAGACCCUUCCAGUGCCCUGAGUGUGAUAAGCGUUACCGUGUGAAGGCUGAUAUGAAGGCCCACCUGCGCUUACACAGUAAGGAGAGGCCAUUCUCCUGUGAUUGUGGUAAGGGCUUCACAAAACAAUCUAAACUUAUUGAACACAUUCGAACACACACAGGAGAGAAACCCUUCCAGUGCCCUAAAUGUGAUAAGAGUUUCCGCCUGAAAGGACAGCUGCUUAGUCAUCAGGGCCUUCACACGGGGGAGAGACCUUUCCAUUGCCCUGAAUGUGACAAGAAUUUUCGACAAAAGGGACAUCUCCUUAGGCAUCAGCGCAUUCACAGACCUGAGAGGCCAUUCUCUUGUGGAGAAUGUGGCAAGGGCUUCAUUUAUAAAUCUAAACUUGCCACUCACUUCAGAGUACAUACUAAGGUGCCUCAGGAAGAAAUGGACUUCUAUCUACUUUACAAGAAGUAAAUGUAAAACUGGGAUUCAAAUCCCAAAUUAGGAUCACUGCCACAACUAGAAUAAGAGCUUUAUGUGUUGAAGAAGUUUUAAAAUUAAACAGAAUUGUGAUCAAUUUUUCCUACCCAUUCACUUCUUUGGUAAUAGAUACCGCUAUAAAUGAAUGGUUAUGUGGUAACCCAUUAUCUCCAUCAGAGAGUUUAAAAGGAGAAAACUCAUGCACAAAACUUGUGUCCAAAAGAGCAUCUUUAGUAGAGGAUCUUAACAGAUGAGCUAGCUGGAUAUGAGAGUGGAUAUAAGAGAACUUUACUCUUCUAUAGUUUGGGGUGACAAAGUGACAGCUUCCUCAGAAAUGAAUUCCUAGCUUUUCCUUUUAGUAUAGGAAAGUCCCAUCUUUGUGGUAUAUAGAGAUACUCCCUCUUCUUGAGAGCCUUCAGAGGCUCAAGAUGUAUUACUUCACUUCCACGUCUGUGCUUUGAGGUCUUUGAGCACAGUAAUUGGGUGAGGGGAAUGAGAAUGUGGUUUUGGAAAAGUUCUCAGUUUAUUCAUAAUUAAAAAGGGAAAAAUGGAGGAUUUUAUCGAUAGUCUGAUAUGCUAUGGGGAUAUUUGGGCCCAGGUGGACACUAAUCUGUGAAAUAAUUGGGGAAGCCUCUUUGGCUAGUUUUAGGUAUGAAAAUAAAAGAAAGCAAGAAGCAAUUAAAUACUACAAGAGAGUCAAUUUAAAUCUUUCCAAACAGGUCCAGGAAGAAGACUUUGGGUUAAUCACUCAAGAGAGUAUCAAUGACCUUAUAGGAAGUACUUAUGGUUUUCUCUCUUUGAAUUCUACAUAUGAAAACUAACUCAGCCUCUACAGGCAGGGAUAAGGUAAACUUGUUAUACACAAAGAUCCUCAUGAGGGAAGAAAGUUCUUAAUUAUUAAUAUUGCCAUGUAUAAUAUCUCUAUAUGUUUUCUUUUUUUUAGUUUUUUUUAAUCCUCAUAGUUUUCCCGAGCAUUUCUCUUCUCCCUCUCCUAGACAGUCACCCCAUCUAACAAAUAGUACUUUUUUUAAAGACAAGAAAAGAAAAAGAAGAGGGGGGAAAAUCAAUACAACUGAUCAGUAGCUGAAAAGGUCCAAAAACAUAUACAGUGUGCAGCAACUUUGAAUUUCCCAGUUCUACAAAGAGGUGGGUUGGGAGUAUCUUCUCAUAUCUCUAUUUUUGAGUCAUAUUUGAUCUUUAAUUUUACUAUGUGUGCUUCUGAUUUGUGUGUGUGGUUAUUCUUUUCAACAUUGCUGUAAUCAUUAUAUUUUUCCUUGACUAUGAAUACUUCACUCUGCAGUAAUUCAUAUAGGCCUUUUUGUACUUCUCUGUAUCCAUCACAUUCAAUGUUUCUUUUAGCACAGUGAUAUUUUCAUUAUAUUCCUAUACUACAGUUUCUUUAGCCAUUCUCUAGUCAACAGACAUCUACUUUGUUUUCAAUUCUGUGCUAUCACAAAAAGUGUGGUAAAUAUUUUGGUGUUUAUGAGAACUUUUUAUCAAUGGCUUUCUUGGGAUAUAAACCCUGUAAUGGAAUUUCUGUGCUAAAAGAUGUGGACAUUUUAGUCCCUUCAUUUGCAUAAUUCCAAAUUUCUUUUCAAAAUGUCUUAUUAAUUCACAGCUCCAUCAACAGAAUAUCAUCAUACAUAUUAUUUCUUAUGGCACAGCAAUAUUCCAUUACAGCACAUAUCACAAUUUGUUUAGCCAUUCCCCAGUUGAUGGGUCUCUACUUUGUUUUCGACUAUUAGCUAUUAUAAAAAAUAAUGAUAUAAAUAUUUAGGAGUAUGAGGAUGGGGAGGUUUUUUCCCCCUUAUCAGUGACUUCUUUGGGGUAUAAACCCAGUAAUGGAACCUCUAGUUCAAAGGAUAUGGAUAUUUUAGUUACUUUAUUUGCCUAACUCCAAAUUGAUUUUCAAAAUUUUUGUACCAUUUCAUAGUAUUAAUAUACCUAUUUUUCCAAAACCCCUUCAACACUGAAAAAAUACUUCUUCAAGAUAGGAAAGACCUGAGAAUAAUUUAUAAGGAGACAUUAAGGAGCCAGUAAAAAGGCAGAAACUACAGAUGAAAGAGAAUAGAUAAUUAAUGGAACAAGGCUCCUAGAUAAGGCCAAAAAGUUCAGGAUUAUCACUAAUGGCCUUUCCAACCUUCUUAACUUGACUCUUACUUACUUUACCAUCUAGUGACCUUUGGCCUCCUUGAUUUUCCUCCCAUGAGACUUCCUAUCAUCAUGCAUGUUCACUGACUGUCCUGGUUCCCAAGCUUCCUUCAAGUCUCAGAUAAAAUCCACCUUCUGCAAUAAGCUUUUUCCAAUGCAUUUUAAUGCUAAUGGUUUCCUUCUAAGACUACUUCCAAUUUAUCCACUAUACAUCUAGUUUUCACAUAGUUGUUGUCCCUGUUAGAAUAUGAACUCCUUGAUUACAGUGACUUUUUUUAAAAUAUUCACAGCACAUAGUAGGUAUUAAAAUAUUUAUUGACUGAGUGAUGAACUAUAUCUUUCGGUGUGUGAACUCAGGAUGCUUUGAGGGGUUGCUGUCUCUUGGAAAAUCCACUCUUAUGAGUUAGGUUAAAUGUAUGAAUACUAUAGAAGGUAAUCAAGUAGUCUGUCAGUGAACAGAUAGCUGAAUCCCCCAAAGUUGUGAGAAGAUAUGUGUGAGAGCCAUCUGAUUGAGUUUUUAUUUCUCAUAUGAAUCAUGCUACAGUAGACCUGGGGCCAGUGCAAAAGGUUAUGAAAGGUAUACACUCAAAGGACUAGAUAAAUGGUAGAGAAAAGACCAUAAUAGAAAAGAUGUUUAAAAGAACAGUGAUAAUUAUUGAUAGAUAUUUCUACUGUAAGCAGUCAUGUUCCCUAAGUCAGUUUUAUGAAAAAUUAUGAACUUGGGACCAAAAAGGAUAGGGUAUACCUAGAGCAUAUUAAGCUCCAGCAUACUGGACCAAGCCAAGUGAACAGGGCGAGAAAGGUACACAGUCUUCACUUACAAUUGCAUUAGCUCUCACUGAUUUCAGUAACCUCUUUAUUGAUGGACUUAGGUCCUAUUCACAUCCUUAUUUUAUAAUGAACAUGUUCAUAUUCAAAAUAUUGGUUGCCUGCAGGUGAGCUGAUUCAAACAGCCUUUAAAUAAGUCAGAUUUAGGUUUUCCUAGAUUUAUCUGAAGGAGGAAAUAGUCCAAGCUAUUUUAUUAUUUAAAAAUCUCCGGGAUCAAAGUUGAUAUAUCAGUCCUUGUGAAAGUGUUUUUGUCAUUUGUAAUAAAAAGCAAAGAUUAGAUUCUUUUGCACUUAAAGGUAGGAUGGAAAGCCAAGAGAAACUGGGAUAUGAUAAAAUGUAUAUAAAGCAGAUUUGAGAGCAUGGCACUGGAAGGAAGGUUACAAAAAAGAUCAAGAAAAACUUGGAUGUUAAAUAUAGUGAUGAUCAGGAUAUGAAUAAAACAAUAAGUAAUGUGAGACAGACCAGUCAAUAAAGGAUAUGAACCGAGGAGAGACAUUUUUAUCUGGUUUGGACUAUCUUAUAACCCUAAAUGUAAAAAUAACUUUGAAAGACUUAAGCUCUCUCCUAGAUGAAAUGAUCCCCAUGACACCAGAGGAUAAGAAGCACACUACAACUUCCCGGCAGAAAGGUGAUGAACUCAAGGUACAGAACAAAGCACAUGUUUUUGGACAUUAUGACUUUGUUUUGCUCAACUAUGCAUAUUUAUUACAAAGGAUGAUUUUUUGGGCCUUUUUUCAGUGGUAGGGUGGGGAUUAUUGAAGGAGAGAGAGCUGGGAUAGUCUCUCCCUUCCCCAAAAAAGAACAGAACAGAAGGGAAGGGAAAGAAAGCCAAAAGGAAUCAUAGACAAGCAGGACAACUUUGAAAGUUAUGUUAAGUUUUUAAUGCACUUGAAAAGCAAGUUUUAGAUAAUAAAGAUAAUUUCAUGAAUAAUCCUCAGUGUAUAUGGAAAUGCUUAUGUGGUGUUUAGAAUUUUUAAAAAUGAAAAAUUUUAAAAAUAAAAUCUAUUUCUCUUAAUAUAUUUAUUUAUUAUUCUACCAACAUGUGUAUUCUCUCGAUUGGUACAGAUCUAACCCUAGCCAUACAUCCUUGUUUUGUAUUAUUUGUUCAUUUCUCCUUCACAUAAGAUUCACCCAGUGAGCUGGAAGCAUUGUUAGAUCCUUUUACAUUUUGUAAUUGCCAAUGUAGUAAUCCAUGCUUUCUAUCUAAACUCCAUUUCAACACAUGACUAAUCUAUCUCCUUUAAUGAUAAUAGGUUUCCUCCAUGAAAUUCUUUAUAUUAUUUUUUGCACUUGUCAUCCUUAAAAGUGUGCUGCAGUAAAUUUGUAUCCAUCGUGUAUGUCUUCAUCGCCUUUUGAGUCACCUAAACUAAUUCUUUGGCAAUUAUGGUGACCAAGAUUUGUACUCACAGAGUAUUAAUGGGAGACAUUUCAUAUGACAGGGCAUGUUAAAAUAAUUGAAAAUACUGCUUAAUUUUCCAAAUAAAAUUCUUGUUUCUUCCUGUUC